AGUGUUUUUGCGACAAAUGUGAGCCAAAUUGCAAGACCUCGUGUGUCAUUCUCCCCAACUGUACGCCGUCCAGCUCGUCGCCAGCUAGAUAAUGGUGCCCAAGGCCUUAUUAACAGUGCUGACACAAAUGAUGAGAAUACCCCUUCCGAGACUGUUGUUGCUGCUCUCGAACAUCUCGAUCUUUUUUAG